CCCAUUGCAUUUUCGACGUAAUCCUGAGCCGCAAGGGUCCUUAGACGUCAACUUACACAAGCCGGAUACUGGUAGACCUGUCACAUUAUGGUACCCUUGAUUAGAACGGCAGAGCAAUGCUACUGUGCUAUAUGUGGCGGUCCCUUCGAGCGACCUCGUUUCGGACCAAAAGAAAACCCAUUUAGUCCGUCGAAAAAGAAGGGAGGCAAUGGAUACAACCCGGAUAUCAUUAGCAAGAAAGCUACUGAGUGGCUUGUAGAGUUGCGCAUUCUAGGUUAUUUCUACGCUUUGAAGCAGGGAUUUAUAUCCGGCAGAGGACAAUUCUUCAACGUUUUCUCGGGUCCCGGCUCCAUUCAUCUUGACCAGAAAGACCCGGCAAAUGAACAAUUACCCAACCUCAAUUACUCGUGUUAUGAGGAUAAGGCUGGUGCGAUCACAAUCUUCCCCUUCCACGAGACAUGUUACAAAAUACUCGCAAAAGUACUUUACCCAGACGAGGAACUAUUUACAGCCAUGACUCGUAUAGAUCUAGAGGGACUCCAUUCGACAAUGAGGUACCUGUCUAAUCGCAAAGAUGCGUUACUCAUCCGCACUGGCUUAGAGACUCGGCGUAACAAGCCCUAGAAAUCCCUUGAAGGCGACGAGGUCUUCGUGACGAAUCCGCUACCUAGGGAUGAGUGUACGUUCAACGUGGGAAAAGUCAUGGCAGGAGUGCGCUUUCGAAUGCCGAAGUCGGACGUUGAUCUCGGACCUAAAGUAAAAAACGAUCCAUUUGCGAGUUUACCAUAUAAUGCCGUCUGGCGUAUCUGCCGUGAACUAGACUCAAGCGACAUCAGUAAUUUCAUAUCAUCCUCCUGGGCUAUCCACGUAAUGACUCGCGACAAUGUCAACUUUUGGAAGAUGAGACUGAGAUACAAUAUGCCCUGGUUUAUCGAAAUCGAAUGGCUCUGGAAACUGGGGGCAGUAAAGCGAGCGGAAUACUACAAGGCAAUCUUCCUGUGGGCGGACUCGACAAUUCGUGUUGCCUCAAAGAAUCUGGGGUCUUUGAUGCCUGUUGCUAACCGGCGGCGACUCUGGAUAAUUUGUGAAAAACUGGCCCGUGUGUACCAUAACCGAGGGUUCUUGCACGAGGAAGACGAGGAGGGGGAAGUGAAGGAAAAAGGGUUAUAACGUAUUGAUGGUCUAGGAAAAUUCACACCAAAAAGCAAUGACAGGGUAUGAAGUACCUAGGUAUCUUAAGAAGCACGUGAUUACAAAGAUGACUUCAUAGCUCUCAUUAGGUAAUCAUCAUGGCAUUUAAGU